GAAUUUCCUCUAAUUUUUGGAGCUUCUUUCGCCCGUAAGAAGAAAGAAGUCGACGACAACGACGACGACGAAAACCGAGCUAAUACAGCAGACGAGAUGGUGCACGCGGAUGCGGCCAUCCUGCCGGACUACAUCAAGACCAAGGCGGACCUGUACGAGCAUGUGUGCCUCCAGCUGACGGGCUUGCUAGCGGAUCAGCGGAGCUGGGUGUCGAACCUGUCCAACGCCUCGUCGAUUCUCUACCACUCGCUCAACGCCUUUUCGAAAGAGGACCACUACAACUGGGCGGGCUUCUACCUCCUCUCGCCGCUACUGCCCGGCCGCGUCGAGGUCAAGACGCCGACGCUGCUCCUGGGCCCUUUUCACGGCCUGCCGGCGUGCCAGAGCAUCGCGAGCGUGCCGGGCAAGGGUGUUUGUGCCGAUGCCAGUGCGCUCCUGCCGCCCCGCACCGUCAAGGUGGACCGGACGGAUGACUAUCCGGGCCACAUUGCGUGCGACAGCGCCUCGCAGUCGGAGUGCGUCGUGCCACUCGUCGUGCCGCGCAGCCGUGUCGUUUCGUUUGCCGAAGCUUCCUCCUCGUCGCAGGGGCUAGGCACCGAGUGGGCCGGCAGGGGAGACGACGAGGGCAUCAUCGUCGGCGUGCUCGACAUUGACUGUGAGGCCGAGGAGGGCUUCGACCAGGAAGACGUCAAGGGCUUGGAGCGCGUCGUCAAGAUCAUCGUCGAUGCGUGCGACUGGUGACCGCCGUCAUCGUCGAUGCAGUAGCAGCAGAAUAGCAAAGCAAGCAUUGUAGAAAAGGAAUAGUAGUAGUGAUUAAUAGAAGCAUUUACCCAGCGGC